AGCAACAGCCGUUCGCUCGUACGACGCGACAGCGUAGCAAUAGCUUUAUUUCUGUCCUCCUUUUCCUUUGAUGAUGUGCAUAUGGUGUACAUGCACUAGUCGUUCGAAGGCUGUUCCUGACGCAACAUCAUCACUAGACCCUGCAGACCGAAGAAAACGUAGACACAAUCAUCAAGAAGUAAAGCUACAGUAUUAUUAAAGACACCAUCAUCAUUCAAUUUUUGACUCUUAAAAAGAAACGAACACCAUGGCCGGCGGGGACCCGGCGGUUGGGUCGGACCCGGCUAUGGAUUGCAAAAAUGUCUGGGUCUGGAAGAUUGCGACUUGUAAUGCUGUCUUUGGAUUCCAAAAAAAUCUGUAUUUUUGCAUGACCAGCAUCAGGAUUCCAGUCUGUGUUACGCGGAGAGGGCAUUUCUCAUGUGGAAUAAGCAUUAGGAAGCCCUCUAAAAAUCUGUGUUGCUAGAUCAUGCAUUAGAGGCAUCAAUCAUCAUACAAAAUAUGCAUGACAAGAAGUCUGCACUCUUCCCGACCCAGACACUUUUGCACUUGAUACCGGCCCAGGAAGUGCAAGAGCUCUCUGCUGCGUCGAGCGGCCCGGGUGCGGAGCCCGAGUUUGCCUCGCAGCAGACGGCCGUCGUCGGGACCGAGUCGCCUGCGUUGAGCCUGCAGUGGAUCUUAUGAACCGCAAAAGUAUCGUACUAGUACAAAUUGCAUUACAAAUUUCCUCAGCAUGAGAAAUGAAAUUUGUAAUGCGGAUUUUCCUCAAAAAAAGAUUUGUAUAUGCAUGAUUGCAAUACGAGUGCGAUGGAUACUUUUGCACGGGAUAGAUCUGCGGCUUCAGCAAGGACGUCGUAAAUGGCGUACACCAUUUAUCAAAUGCAAAUAUGUCUGGGUCUGGGAGGUUGCGAGAUUUGUCAUGCUAAUCUGGCAUGACUCCGAAGUCUGUAUUGCGUGUCCGCGAAGAGCUCCUCGCGCCUGUCAUGCAGACACGCAGUUUCUCAUGCGGAGCACGCAACUCAGGACCACGGAAAAACUUGUCAUGCUUGGCAGCGCAUUACACAGUAGUCACUAUUCCCUUGUUCCUUGCAUCACAAGUUUCCAGACCCAGACAUAUUUGCUAUCCAUACCAUUUGGGCGGAAACGAAAUCUUCUACCCCAGCGCGAACAGUGGGGUCAUUUACGACACGCAAUCGGGGGUGCAGAAGCUACUGCAGGGACACGUGAAUCCCAUCACCGCAAGCUACCUCUCGACGGACAAAAAAUGGAUCGUCACCGCCGAUACCGGACCGGAUUCCAUGUGAUAGUUCUUUUUAUGUUGAUGUUGCUGUUUUUCUUCCAUGCAGUACGAAGUAAAACGAUUUGAGGAUGAACUUCUACGUAGCGGGGUCCUGCAAAGUAAAAAGUAGUAUUUGUGUUUUUCCCCCAACUCACCUCCGCGUGAAGAGAUGAAAAUACUCUGUCCUAGAAGAUGAAUAUCAGUUAUUCGACCAAACAGGCUCACCGUGUGGGACCGGUCAACGGGGAAGCCCAUAAAGAUCAUGUUCAACAUAUGGAGCUCUCAAACGUGACACUGUCAGGUCUUGCAUGAGUCUGCGAUGCAGGAAGAGGAAGAGCAAAAGUGAAUAAAGAAAGGGGGGCCCUGAAGAUGUAGAUGCACCUCUGGUGUUUGAAAUUCGGCACAAGGGUAGACUCCCAUACUGUUUAGCCAUUCCUGCUCGAAAUGAACUUGUCAUGCGAACAAGUAGCUUGAUCGUGUGGAAGAUGCAUGUUGCAGGCAAAUCCACGCGAGAACAAAUCUUUAUGUAGCAACUAGCAAUGUAGUGCUUGAGAAUCGUUCCAUACAGCGUUUACAAAAACGGGAUCGUGGCCCUGGACAUGACAGCGGAUAGCAAGUACUUAGCGACUUUAUCCAGUCCGGAGUACGACGGGGAGGAGAUGCGCCAGUAUCUAAGCGUGUGGGACUGGACCUCAGAGUCAAGUGCGCCACUCGCAACAGCGCUCAUCGGCACGCAGGACGUGCAGACGUGCGUGGUAAGGUUGUGAUUUAUUUUAUCGUUUUUUGUUACUUGUCAGUACGGUUAUGACACGUUGUGGCGACGGGAAGCAAUAAUUUCGCACAGUGCAGUAGUUCUCGUUUAUUUUUUCAGAAGGCUUUUGUGUUUGUCAUCCUACGCGGAAGCGGCCGACGCAAACUUCAUUUGUGCACUGACUUCCAUAUUGACAUUAGUAUUUAAAAAAUCUCUAUCCAUCAGAUUUUCAACCGGUGGGACAUCCACGAAAUUGCCACGAACGGCCGAAGGCGGGUGUUUUUCUGGCAGUGGGGAAAAAACGACACGAGCCUGAAAGACAAGAUGACUUUCCAAUUCUACUCCCCGGCGCUCGCCGCAAAGGACUUCAAGCAGAAAGUCGGCGACUUCACGCAGACCAUCUUCCUGCCCGAAUCGACCCAGGCCGCGACCGCCACACUUGACGGGGACGUUGUCAUCUGGGACUUGUCGUUGAUCGUGGACGAUUUGUCACGGCCGGACGAGCGACGAGCUGUGAAAAUUUUGCGCUUGUGUCCGCCAGAAGUUUCCCUGCAUGUUUUGAAAGUCCUUGGCAACUUCGUCGUGGCCGGUUCCUCCGACGGCGCAGUCAGGUUCUACGAUUACCAUACGCAUUGCAAAUGUAGUCGAACUGCGUCUGGAAGAGCGGUGGUGCGUCAACUUAUCAUGCCAAGUCUGGAUGAUAGAUCGGAUCGCACAAAAAUCUGGGUUUAACCAAUGCAGAGUGCCAAAACUUGUUUCAUUUUUGAUACUAUCUACAGAUGGCGAAUCCGAAUCUGUCAUGCGGAAUGACAGGCAUUAAGAAGUGAUCCACCCAAGAUCUGUGAUGCUCAUCUACUUCACUGAUGGCGCAAUGCAUUCCAGACCGAGCGCCUGUGUGGUUCAUGACGAAAAAAAUGCAAGACAAACACGCGCAUGCUUGCCCGUCCAGACCUAGAUCGAUAUUUGUAGUGGAUAUCCCAAUUCCGUCUGCAAGCGUGGUUCGAGGAUUUGUCUGCGGGAAGUGUCACCUCCGUCAGUUUUGACUUCGCGAACUCCACCUCGGUUCAAAUGGACAGCAACAAUGGAUUUUCCUCCAGCUCGAUGGAAUAUCAAAUGCAAGAAAUAUUAUAUCUGGGUCUAGAUGAACAAUGCAAAUGCUGACGCUCUUUAUUGUCGUGCAGAUUUUGUAUCAUGGCCCACGCCUGCAUAUGCAAUCCCGUUUUAAUGGAUGCGUAUCUUUUUACCGCAUGAGAUGCCAUUGACAUUCCCACUCGGUUUCCGUGUAGCAAAAACUGACCGGUUUAUUAUUUUGCUCCAUGUGUAAGUACGUGUUGUGUUGAACUAGUACAGAGGACUUCCUGUAGUUGUAAUGUCAAUGUGUCCUGUGGAUAAGGAUAAUCACAUCACAAAGACAAAAUUUGAUUGUGUGAUCCAUAGUGUGCAGUUUGCACCUCUAGAAUUUCAGGCCCAGACGUGUAAUUUUUAAUGCAUACAGAACAGAGCGGGUCCACGGACUUCCAGUUCUCAUGCCCAAAUUUCAUUGUCGCCACCGCGAGCGCGCUGGUAGUAGCCUGCAAGUCGGAUUUGUUUUUCGAGCUGGAGCCGCAGCAAAGGAGGGGACGAUUGGUGCUGCAAGGUAGGAUUUUUUAAGUACUUAGCCACUGAUGUAAGUACCUUAUUCGUUUUCGUAUUGAUGCACGAGGAUGUAAGUGUAACUUUGUACUUGGGCUUGGCACGUACAAGUACAUCAAGCCCAAGAAGGUCUCCACGAUCGACGGCCAGACCACACGGAGAAGUUGUACUAUUUAUCAAUACAGGUCUCGACUCUCCCGUCCAUGGGCUUUGUUGCCACCCGUCCGAGCCCUUAGUUGCGGUUUCGGGUCUUUCGGGGUUUAUUCACCUCUGGAACUACCACUCGAGAACACUCCAGACCGUGAAAAUCUUCGAAAAGAUUCUUCCGCAAAUUCUGGAAUACAGCGCCAGCGGACUCUUAGCCGUGGGGUUCACGAACGGGCAGAUCCGAUAUGAAAGUGCACAAGUCCCCCUCCCCCUCAUUUGUGAUGCAAGAUACGUAACUUACGCUUUGGCUCUUAGGACUGUUUGCAUCACAAGUUCUGGCAGCCCAAAUAACACUGCACUCCUGUCCAAAUUUGUCAUGCAAAACCCGUACUCUUGCUGACGCUUGUAUUGCGGUUCAUGCAAUACAAAUGAGGGGGAGGGGGAGUUGUGCACUUUCAUAUCCGAAUUUUGAACGCCGAACUCACCGAAAUCGCGCAGUUUAGGGAAAAUCGAGAGCCCGUCACGCAUAUGCAGUUGCAGAAGUUGUAUCGCAUUCUGUCUUGGUGGAAAGCGGAACACAGAUUUCAUUUUCAGAAGGAAAAAUGAAAUGUUUUUGCUUGCUCAUAAUUCUAAGACCUGGCCACCUUUGAUGUCACGCAUGAUUCCAAUUUGCACGGACCGGAGCGAGUGCGAUACUACUUUUGCACAGGAUAAUGCACCUGGCAUUCUCGAAAUGCUCGAAUUACCUGGCCGUGGCCCACGCAGAUAAGUCGGUACAGAGUUUUCACUAUACUUAAAAGCUGUACUUGUCGUGCUGAAGAGGUUAUUGCCGCUUAUGCUAUCAAGCAAAAGUUUUUGAGUAAGCUACUUUCGUGUACUACUUUCGUGUGUUAGUUGCACAUGCACCAGCAUUUUUGCAAAACAAAUAUCAAGUUCAUGCAUGAUCUUCAUGAAUGCAGCGCUGCUGCACAAAAAUUGCCACGCAUUUUUACCUUUCGUUACGAGCUGUAGAUGAACAUGUAUGAAGUAGAAGUUGUACAACUACAUCUACAGCAUAAACAGAAACAUUAAGACAUUUUAUCAGGUAUGGCUGUACCGGUACGACCUGACUCGCUCGGGCGAGUCCAAGGCGUGGAUCUCGGCGGGCAAGCACCGCAGCCACUGGAAGCAGGUUGUUGGCCUGGUCUUCUCCGCCACUGCCUCCGACCACGAGAGGCCACGACUCUACUCCCUGGCGGAGGACCGGAAGCUGGUCGAGUACGAGUGCCCGCUCGCAGCUGAUUACCCCGAGGAAGAGCACGUCGGAUUUCCGAUACUCUCCAACACGAUGGUCGAGCAAGAGGCGGUGCCGACCGGGUUGACCUAUUUGGUGAACGACAUCGAACAACAGUCCUCGAGCGCAACCCCCGCAACCAGUAGCGGCGCGACGUCCAAGAAGGGAGGAGCAGCAGCGGCAGCCGCGAGCUCAGAUAUGGGAUUCUCAAACCUUACAUUCUCAGCUGUUACAUGAUUUGUCAUGCAAAAUGACCAUGAGCCGCAAGACAAUCAAGCUGCUUCGCAUGACAAAUUAUCGAAGGGCUAAACAGCAUCUAAAUCCGUGCCAAAUUUGUGAUGCAACACGUGCAAUCUUUCCCCUUUCCAUAUUCCUGUUCUUGCAUGACAAAUUCAUGUAACCGUUGAGAAUGUAACAGUUGAGAACGCCAUAUCAGUAGGGGGCGGGUUGGUCGUGUCGACCUCGGAGUACAAGUUUAAGACGUGGUUCAAGAACCGCAGUUGCCGGAGAACGAGUCUCGCGCCGACCUACGGCGGUCCAGUCAGCAAAAUGAUCGCGAUUCCAGGGGAGUCUACACCAGAAGAAUUCCUACUGUACGCGACAAAGGAGAAGGUGUAGUUUCUUCUUUUUGCACGACUAAAUGCCAUGUAGAAAGAAUUAUGGCAAGGUAAAAAAGUAUAAGUAGUAGUAGCCUUUGCUGCGGGUGCGGGAAUAUGUGCUGUAUGAAAGGCAACAAAAUUCUUCUUGUACAAGUCCUAUAGAACAUGAACAAACCCUAAACCGGGCAGUUGGGAGAUAAAUGUAAGUCAUUCACUAGCACAAAAAAAUCCUGUCUUAAAGGUAAUCGGCCUGCUGCAGCAACCACUCGACGGGAACCCUUUCCGACAGAUGGGGGUGAUAGCGCACCCCGGCCUGAUUUCUGCGAUUUCCGUGGACCCACAGGGCAAAUACGCGUUUUCUCUCGGGGGGGAGGACCUGACGCUGAACAUGUGGAAAAUCGACACAGAGGCGGUAAGUCUGGCGGUGCUGCGCGGCAGCAGUGUGAGCCAGUCCUCAAGCAGCAGCUCGGUGACCAAUUCCGCAAAGAUACAGCCGUAUCUGAACUUGCUGGAAGAAGAUCUUCUGGCGGAAAUCCGGGACUAUUUUUACUACUGCCAAAUUCGGUCGCACGGUGAGAAAACGACGGAAAGGUAUCAGCUGGACGGGACAAUACCCCUCUCGGAAAUCCCCUAUCUGAUGUGUGCACUCGGGUGCUUUCCCACACAGACCGAGAUCGCGAACAUGAUAUCCGAAGUAAAGGGCAAGCAUCUGUACACGGAAAAGAACCUCACCCACAUAAAUUUCGAGGACUUUGUGCAGCUCUACGUGAAUCACAGGCCUGUUUUUCAGGUAAAAUAUUUCCUUAAAGAUGAGAUGUUGGUGCAAAAGAUAAAAAAAGCUCGAGCAGUGACCACCUAGACCUACACCUAGAGACGAGAUGAGGAUGACUAAUUCCACUUCUUCAACGAUUAACGAACUAGUUCUUGCGGGUGUGCUAAAAAUUUGUUUGCAAGAGCGCGGGAUAAUGGAAGAAUAUGAAUAUCUAUGCGUGAAAUUAGAUGAUGACGAAUAAACCAGGUUGAUAACGCGAGUCUCGAGCACGCGGUGAUGCUGGCUUCGAACGGGGGCAGCAAGAAACAGCUGAUGCACCACCUGGUGGGUAUACAUUGCAAAUAUGUCCUCUUGGUCCGGAAAAAUACUAGAUACACCGGUUUGCCAUGCUUUUCUAACAUGACUGUCAAGCCUGUCAUGCACGGCAACCAAAAGCCGUGCCAUCUUUCUGUCCUGCAAAAACUACCCAGGAGCUUCUCAUGCAGAAUAGAGAUUGACCACACCUAGCAAGUGAAAAAUCUGUCAUGCUGAGCCGUUGUUUGUGGCGUCCUCUUGAUUCGUCAACCAGCAUCACAAGUUUCCAGACGUGGCCCAGGGAUAUUUGCAUUUGAUAGUGGGCGCGUGCGAGCACUUCUCCGACGAGGAAUUGCAGCAGUGCCUUCA